AUGAUGCUACCGACUACGAGGACGGCGGCGUCCAUGGCCCUUCGCGCCAAGCCUUCGUCGGCUGUCGUCGCCUACCGAUCCAUCCUCCCCGUCGCGUCGAUCCCCUCAACCCGUCAAGCAAGCUCCCUCACCCCCCACGGCGCCGGCUCCGUCACCCGCAAGCCGCGCAUAGAAGUUCCUUUGGCGAGCCAGGAAAAGACCAAGGGCGUCGUCCAAUAUGCCCUCACCACCCUCGACAUCAUAACAAACUGGGCCCGCCAAUCCUCCUUCUGGCCCAUGACCUUUGGUCUCGCCUGCUGCGCCGUCGAGAUGAUGCACCUCUCCACCCCCCGCUACGAUCAGGAUCGUCUCGGAAUCAUCUUCCGAGCCUCCCCCCGCCAGUCCGACAUCAUGAUCGUCGCCGGAACCCUCACCAACAAGAUGGCUCCCGCCUUGCGCCAGGUCUACGAUCAGAUGCCCGAUCCCCGAUGGGUCAUCAGCAUGGGCAGCUGCGCCAACGGCGGCGGUUACUACCAUUAUUCGUAUAGCGUCGUUCGUGGCUGUGAUAGGAUUGUUCCUGUUGAUGUUUAUGUUCCUGGGUGUCCUCCUACGAGUGAGGCCCUUAUGUAUGGUAUCUUCCAGCUUCAGAGGAAGAUGCGGAAUACCAAGAUUACGAGGAUGUGGUACCGCAAGUAA